AAGGCAUGCUGUCGUUUGUCUUCAUCUAUCCCUAACAACCUGUGUGCCUCUUGUUGCCUCUGCCGCCAGCGAUAUAGCGACUGUCACCGCAAUCGCGCGACAAGCACCGAGGAAACAUCGCUAUACUCUUGCGACUGUGACUCAGUCCGUCUUCGGCCUUUGCUGCUCCCUACCGACGUCGUCGCUUCUGUUCUUGCAACACUCACAGCUCACAGCGCCCAGCAUGUCAUCGACCCGCUCUGCGAUCCAAUGCCACAUCAUUCAGCUUGGUUGUUUUGCUUCGGACGUACCCUUCUGCGUCUAUCUAUAUCCUGACCCGUCUUCUUCACCUUCAGGCAAGCCGUCCUUACUGCCAACGUUGCGUUCUCGUGACGUUGACUUCCUCUUCUUUGACACACCUUCGUUCCUCCGUGACUCUCGGGUCAUUCCGCAUGCUGUCGUCGCCAGUCCAGUUGCGCACUUUCGCACUUGCCCUCCUACGCAUCCCGACUUUAUCGAUGAUUACUUCACAUUUUCGGUAAUUCAUACCGCCGGUGGCAGACUCAAGUGCUCUGCUCUUGCCGACCUCUGCAAGUUCACGAUUGAUGAAUUGGUGCAAGGCCAUAGUGCAUCAGUGUUGAAGUCUAUCAAGGGCCUGGUCAUGGUUGAACCUGUCCGGAGUGAGUUUCAAUGCGUCUUGGUAGACGUAACUAAGGAGGGUCUGCCGGCGUCCAGACCGGUGACAUCUGGCAGUCAAAAAAGCGCAGAGUCUUCCACACAUGCCCCCGCAGCUCGUACUCCUCCGAGGAAUACUGUAGCGAAAGCUGCGACUGUUUCUCCGGUGGUCGUUAAGGACGAGCCGACAUCACCAGUCAUCCGCCCGGCGACGACUGUACCUGGCUCCACGUCACCUACGAGCCGCCCUCAGCAUCCAGCGCACAUCCGCCUUCAACACGGCUCGACACAUCCGACUCCUAGUUCUCAACCAUUGGCUUCACAGGAUGGCGUGUCUAGCCCUCGGCGGCGUCGUAUGCUCACGGUAAAUCCUUCUUUGCAAACAGCUACGCUCGCUUGCUUGAGUCCCGGUAUGCCAUUAUCAGCGAGGCUUGACCCGGAGCGUAGGAAAGACGUGAUGGAGAGCAUGACGGUACGUGAGCGUCAAGCCGCUCUGAUUCAGGAGAGGUCCAUCGGCGGCGCCCAAAGGUCUCGUUCCUCGAAACGAGGGUUGCCAACUGAGCUGGACACCGAUGGGGCUUCUUUUCUUGGCUCCGCUACGAGAAGUGCCAAGCGUCGUGCCCCGCCUGCUCGCCUUAGCAUCAGUGCUCCGUCGGACGCUCAUAUCCCAACUAUCCGAUCAGCGCCGUUGCACAGAACGCAAGGUCGUGAUCUGCCUCUCGACAGUCCUCAACCGAUGCCUGAGACGAACAGGCCAUUGGCUACGUCGUUACCAAGAACCGUGGACAUGAAUCGACUACCCUCCAUAAGCGAUUUUCUCAACGAUAUGAAGGCAACAUCCAAUCCUCCUGGAACCGAGCGGCCGUCGAACCCAAAACUCGCCACUCUCCCGCCGCCUCGGCCUCCACAUUGUAAUAGCAAUACGAGCCUACAGCCACCUGCAAAUCUUGCCUCGUCAUUGGAUCAGGCUGUACAGCCUUCAUUGCGGCCUGCGAGCGUUACAUCGAUUAUUCACUCCCAGCAGCCUCCGACACCGCCGUCUCCCAACAUUCACCAGGAAGCUACCAACACCUUUUUUGCUGCUUUUGAGAACGUUCCCGGUGUGAAACGCCGCAUCAGGCCGGUACAGCUGAGUUCAGGCUCUGGCGCAGAUCUGGAGAUGGCGAGGACGACGGGGGAGACGGAUGAAGCUAUCGGGAAGAGGAAGGCGGCAUUUCUAGAAGUUUGUGGGAAGGCGUUCGAUCUACUUAUAGGAAGGACUGUGGUUUGAGUUUAGCUAUAGCCUCUUGCAGGUGGACUUGUCCCAAUGGCAUUCCAUUGCUAUAUUCCAUGGGCAUGCGGCGUUCGCCUUGCUGGUACUUGGGAUUUGUAUUGAUACUUUGCAAGGUAAAAUACUCGUGACUG